AGAAGAAGAAGAAGAAGAAGAAGAAAAUGCCGUUCAAUGAAUGUUGCAUUCGCUGUCUGCCUCGAAAUUAUCACCCUUCAAAACAUCGUGUACUGAACAAAGGUUGAUGUCAGGUUUCACUCAAUGUGUUCACGGUAGCUCCGCAAAUUACAAUGGUCAAAGGGGCGGAGUCAGUGUUAUGAAGUUAGGAGGUGCCUCUGCCUUCAAGCAGCUAAGAAAUGUAUUAAAAAUACAAAAACACCGCAACAUGGGGCGUCAUUGGCAGCAAUUUUGUAAAAAUUGCACAAGUUUACAAAACAACCUGGAAAUAUGGGUAGAGAAGAAGAAGAAGACGGAUGCGUGAUAAGUGUUUUUAAAUCACCUGCACUGGACAUCUAUUGGAGCACGUAGAUACCUCAUCGGGCCUACAGGCCUUUUCCAAUGGAUGAUGGAUCGACAACAGCCAAAGGAUAAAACUAGGAUCGGCUACUUUGGCAAUGUCAAGAACAGGUUGGGAUCCAAGCUGCCUGCCAAUGUCAGCCAGCCUCCGGGCUUCAUCGCAGCUCCUUGGGAGCCGGUGGCCAGCGGACACAGGGCCCAGGCCAGGCUGCAACCCUGGCAGAGCAGGGAUGUGGUGGUCCAGAAAGACCCGGCCGGGGCACCCCCUCACCACGUGCCCUUCAUCCGAAAUCCCCGUCUGCGGCAGUACUAUCUCAGCGAGCCAGCCUGCAUGCCAGAAAUAGGAGUCAAGACAGCAGAGGGAGCUGACGGCAAGAAUGACGCCAAGGAGCAGCACGAUGACACCGUCUUCAGCAUCGCCUCUCAGUUCAGUGCCAAUGCCACCAACCUGACACCAGAGAGCAAGCCCCUGUCCGCUACACUUAGCCCUGCUCAGCUGUGUGUCCUGGAGAACAGGCUUGGUGCCGUGGGAGCAGCAGCAACAGCAGCAGCAACAGCUCCACCGCAAGCCGAGGGGCCUAAGCACAGCCCACACGCCGACCUGGACGUGACAGCCGAUUUCCUCCCUCUUCCUCCUCCGCUGGUCUCCUCCUCCUCCUCCUCCUGCAUGACCCCCAUCUCCCCCUCCACUGACGCAGAGUACGACAAGCUCCUGGACGUGGAGGCCGUGCCCAUGCCCGAUGGGAACCUGUGCCUCCUGGCUCUGCCACCCGAGUGCUCCCAGGGAGAGGGGCCCACCUCCAUGCAGUACCUCAAGCUCUGCAGCCGAUACAUCACCAACCGCAAAGGCGUUGUGUCUGGCAUACUGCUGGUGACGAGCAGUAAGAUCUUCUUUGACCCGUGCAAGAGCCAUCCGCUGGUGGUGGAGCACGGCUGUGAGGAAUACCUGCUCUCCUGCACGGUAGACAGCCUGGCCUCAGUCUCCUUCUACUCAGACAUCUCACACGUGCACUUUAAUGACUCAACACAAAGAUGGAAAGGGAAGAGGAAGAAGGGUAAAGGUGAAAGGAAUGCUGCCGCGACACCCCAUGAUGAGGUGCAGAGCACUGGGUCCCAGCCUCAGGUAGAGGGGGGAGAGGCCAUCCCCGCCCUGGUAUCUGCCCUGACCUCAGACUUCAGGCUGGCCCUGGGGAUGGGGACGGGGACUGCGGAGGGUGAGGAGGAGAGUGGAGAGACCCUGGACAUGGCUGAGGCAGAGAGGCAGCUGGAGGGGAGCCGCCCUCUGGACGAGCUGGGCCUGCAGAGCACUGGGGCUCUGGGGGCCGCCGUGCUGAGCGGCGCUGCUGCCACCUUCUGUUGUGGAGGACAAGAGGCAGGCAGCACAGAGAUACCACAGAAAGACAAGUCAGAGCUGCAACAACAACAGCAGCAGCAGCAGCAGCCGUGUCUGAAGAGGCAAAUAGCAGGCACUACCAGGCCCUCGUCAGGCAACACUGGAAAGCUGAUAUUUGUGCGGUUCAGACACCAACAGCCCCAGCGGAAGAAAAAAGUCAUCUCUGGCAUUGAGAUCAGGAAGUCCAGGCCUCCUCCACAGAAGGAUUCAUGGUUUACUCUCGCACAGGAGAGCUCCGAUGAGCUGUACGCGUACCUGAGCCAGUGCAGGCCGGACCUGUGUCUACUAGAAGGCAGGGGUGGGGAGGAGGAGGAGGGGGGCGAUGAAGAGGACUUUGUCCUGGUGGACGACCGAGAGGUGCGGUCUGACGAGGAGGAGGAGGAGGAGGAGGAGGAGGAAGAAGAGGACGAGGGACAGGAGGGCUGGCACGCAGACAACCGUGCAGUGGAAGACUGGGAGAUGAUCUCUGUGGAGGAUGGUGGUGUUCGAGGGCCAGUGAUCCUGGACAAAGAGCCAGAGGGAAUCCGUGAGAUCGUAGAACAGAGCCGGAUUCUGGAGGCGUCUCACGUCCGAGAGAUCGCCAGUGAGCUGCCCCCUCGCACCGUGGGGCACACGUGGCACCUGUCCUACAGCACCUCACGGCACGGCGCCAGCCUCAAGUCCCUCUACCGGAAGCUGAGCGGCACUGACUCGCCUGUCCUGCUCAUCAUCAAAGACUCCAAUGACCAGAUGUUUGGUAGUUUCCUCUCGCACCCCUUGAGGCCGAGUGACAAAUUCUAUGGCACCGGAGAGACAUUCCUUUUCCUGUUACACCCCAGGUUUAAAUGUUUCAAGUGGACAGGAGAUAAUUCCUUCUUCAUCAAAGGGGACCUGGAUUCAUUUGCCAUCGGAGGAGGAAGCGGCCAUUUUGGUCUUUGGCUGGACGAGACCCUGUUCCUGGGUAGAAGUAGCCCCUGCUACACCUUCAACAACUGCUGCCUGUCGGAGACCAGUGACUUCCACGUGAUGGAGCUGGAGGUUUGGACAUUCGGCUGAGGCCCACUGCACAUUCCCUGGAUGUAGGGGGUUCCAUGGUGCAAUUCACAAUGUUCUCCCAGAAAUACGACUGUGACAUUAAGACGGAAACAAGCAUCCCUCAUGGAUUAAACGCCUUCACGGAUCCCCUCUUGCAUAAAUCAUCCCAUGCAAAAUAACUCUUCUACUCUCUAUGGAUGAGGUGAAUAGAUUUCGAAUAGAUUCCAAUAUUUAUUUUAACUAGCUGUCUAGCCUUUUUUGAGUGGCCAAAUUGUUCUCCAGAGAUGCUCUGGAGUAAAGGACUCUUCUUAUGUCUUGAGAAAGGGCAGGUUUGUUCUUUUUACCGCCUUUGCAAAUAAUUUUCACUUGAGACCAUGCCGGUGCUGUAUAUAUGUAUAUAAUAAUAAUACUGACAAUGGACUUCGCUCAAUGGACACUUUAACUGAAAACUGCAUGUUCCUGCUCUAUUUGUGCCACAUGUUAACUUCAGUGCUUCAACAACGAGCCUCUUCCUCCAUUUUGCACAUACUAGUUAUAGUACACAUGCAAUUCAAAGGAAAAAUAACAACUAUCAUUCCUUAGGGUAUGCCAUUACUAACAGCAAUGAACUGACUCUCCAAAUCUUGCCGCCUUUGGCUUUCAUUAGUGAGUGACCUGUUGAUUCCUGUUCACUUGGUACAGAUGAAAAUAAACUGGACAGUGGUUGUAAAUUCUUGCUGAAUCA